CCGGGAGGAGACCGACCGCAUUUUGCAACACAGCUGCUGUCGAUGUUGGUUGAAAUUGAGGGAACACUUUGGCCAUGCUGUUUUCAAAAGCUGAACGGAUGUUUUUGGGCUUCGUCCUCUGUGUCUCAGGGGCUCUGGGAGCAGAGAGAAGCAUCUGCGUCCUGAAGGGUUCGUCCGUCAGUCUGACUUGCUUUGCUGAAGAUCCAGCCGCGCCCAAGACCUGGUACUACCGCAAGGAAAACAAAACUCUGAGUGCCGUGAAAGAGACUUCUGACAACUCUACGAGUGUCAACUACAACAUAACUGCGGACGGGACUCUAACUAUCAGAAAUGUAAACAAGAGUGAUGAGCAGAGCUUCUGCUGCCAAGAAUCAAACAAGAAUCCUAAAGGAUUCUUUUGCUUGGAGAACAGUACGAAGCUCCACGUCGCAGACCUCCAGGUAAAGGUGUUUCCUGCCUCAGAGGGACAGAAAGUGACUCUGAUGUGCUCAAGCAGCUGUCCUCUGACUGAAAGCCCUGCAGCCUUCAUCUGGUACCAGAACGGAGAGUUCCUCUAUGAGGACUGGUCCCCCUGGUACCAAGAGCUGGUCAGCAGCGAUCAGGCAGUCAGAUACUCCUGUGCUAUCAAAGGCUACGAGGAUCUCAGAGCUCCUGACGUCUCAGUGGACCUCAUCCAUCCAGGAUGUUUCAGCGUGACGUAUUCAAAUGGAGAAAUGUGUCAGGAGAAACUGAAACCAGCCGAGGGGCCGUGCUCCAUCACGUACCCCAGAGAUGUACGUGUUCAAAUAGUCGAUGAAACGGAUUAUAUCACAGUGACCUGCAGCACCAGCUGCCCCGCCGCUGACGCUCACACUGGCUUUAUUUGGUACUGGAACAGAAAGGCUUUCAUGGACUGCACCAGUCAGGACAUUAUGUUAUUUAAAUCUGAAGACUAUGUCUCCUGCGUUGUUAAAAACAAUGAAUAUAUUUACUCUGCUGAGAUGUGCACAAACUCCGGUAACCUGAAUUAUGUCAGCAGGACCUUGUGCAUGCUGGAAGGAGAUUCUGUAAGCAUUUCCAGCAAAUACACAAAGAAGCACUCAGCUCAGGCCAGCUGGUUAUCGUGGUAUAAAGUAAAGCGAGACAUGAAGGAGGAGGCUGACGCCACCCUGAUAGAAGCUGGAGGCCGGGUGGAGCAACACAACGUUAAUAAUUACGAACACACACUCAUAAUCCACAACCUGAUGAAGGAUGACUCUGGUGAAUACAUGUUCACUCUCAAUAAGUAUCAGAAAUGUGAGCGGCCUGACCUGCUGGGAGCGAUCCUGGUGGUCACAGGUCUGAAGGUGACCAUGACUCCCUCUGACGUGGUGACACAAGGUCAGAGAGUCACGCUGACCUGCAGUACCAGCUGCCCUCUGAGUGAGGACAUAACCUACAUGUGGUUCUUCAAUGAGCAACCGCUGCGCCUCGAUGGGGGCUACAACAAGCACGUUGUUCUAAACGCAGUCAGAAGACGGCAUGCGGGAAACUACUCCUGUGCGAUCAGAACCCCCCAGAACAUCAACUCGGCCGUGGAGACUCUUACUGUCAGAGAUGGAGAUAAAACUGCGAUAGUAGCAAUGAAUAUAACAAGAAUAGUGUUUUUAUUGCUGCUUCCUCUUGUUGGAUGUAAGCUGUACCUGAUGCUGAGAAAAAGAAAAACUGCAACUCGCACAGCCAAGCCGAGUGAAAAGGUGGAAAUGGAAGAGGAGAUAUCACUAUAUGAGAUAGUCCCGCAAACGGCCUAAAACCCUCGUACUGAAGAACAGCAGGAAGACAGGCAGCAGGGCAUUGCGCAACAACGUGACUUUAUGGUCUGCGGUGUUUGAUACAAGCCCUGAAAUUAAUUUACAGAGGUCAUAGAAAAAGCAACUUUAGAUGCCAAAGAUAAAGCCUUUUCCGUUGAUAUCACUUCUUGCUUAUGGGUUGGUUGCAACUUUUUUAUCUGGAGAUACGUUGAAACGGCGAUGUUCAGAUCAAGAAAGACGAUCAUUACCUUUCAUGAAACAAGAUUCCACAAACCGCUGCAAACUAAGUAGUAAAAAUAACAUCACGUUUACUAAGGUUUUUGCAAACCCUCUUUAAAAGUAUCUGAACAAUUGAGACUUAAAGAAUGGAGGCAAUGUUUAUCUUCUGCCAUUUAAUGUGGCAUUUCAUUAAAGAAACACAAAUAUGUUAGAAGAUAAAGAUUAAGAAAAAUGAAAAACACACAACAGGCUGAUAAAGUAGGUGUGCACACCCUUAAACAAACACUUGUUUAAAGCACUCUUUGUCUCCGUUUUAACCUUUAAUUUGCUUUGGCAGAGUUCUCUCUGCAUCUCACAUCUUGACUUAGUCGUAUAUUCUCCACCCUCCUGUCAUGUUGCGGGUCAAAUUGACCCGUUUUAAAGUUUAACAUUUUUUUUAAAUAGUUGGAAGUACUUUUUUUGCAUGAAACUUUCUCUACUUUAUGCAUAGAUACUGUUCUGGUCAAUUUGUCAAGUUAAAGUGCAAAAAAAGAUAAAAAAUGUCCAAUUCUAUACGUUUUCUUGCAGCUAUGAACCAUAUUUGACCACACACACACGCACACGCACACACACACACACACACACACACACACACACACACACACACACCUUCUAAUUGAACUCAAUUAGAAGGUGUGUCCAAACUUUUGGUCUGUACUGUGCAUGCACACGUCCUCACACACAAGCCCAUUUCUCACUAUUUUCUUUACUUUACUAGGAAACUGUGAGAAAACAGAUGUUCAUACAACUUUUGACGGGAAUCUUUUCUGUUCCUGUGGACAAACUUCACCCACUCUGAGUGACACUCAGCAGAAGUGGAGGGAAACAUAAAUACUCUCUGCAUGACUCAUUUAUCUUGAUUUUAAUCAGCGGGUCAAUUUGACCCUGAGCAGUAUGUGUGUCUCAAG